UUUCCGUAAUCUGGAUGAUUUGACAAUAUCUCCCCGGUGCAGAACCUUCAUCCGAACGGGCUAUAUUAGGUACCGACACUUAAAGGUGUUACCACACACCAGUCAUUACAAUGUCACGACUCGUCGCUGUAAAAUAAGAUACCUGUCAGACUGAACCCAGUCAGUCCGGCUCCAACCGUCCUUGUGUCGUCACGGUGCCCUUAGUUUAACGUCUUGUCAUGUGGGUGUUCGGCUACGGGUCCCUGAUAUGGAAAGUGGAUUUUCCAUAUGAGGAGAAGCGAAUAGGCUACAUUAAAGGCUUCAGUCGUCGGUUCUGGCAGGGAAGUACCGACCACCGGGGAGUACCGGGCAAGCCCGGCCGCGUCGUGACACUGGUGGAGGAUCCUGAGGGGUGCGUUUGGGGCGUCGCCUACAAGCUGCCGACGGGCCGGGAGCAGGAAGUGAAGACCUACCUCGACUACCGAGAAAAAGGUGGUUACCAGGCCAUCACGGUGACCUUUUACCCCCGUCCACCACUCGCCCCCCCGCCCAACCAGACGCUGCUCUACAUCGGCUCUCACGACAAUCCGGACUACCUCGGCCCCGCCCCUCUGGAAGAGAUAGCCAACCAGAUUGUCAGCUCCACCGGUCAGAGCGGGCAGAACACAGAGUACCUGUUUGAGCUGGCUGAUGCUGUAAGGACGAUUCUGCCUGAGGACUCAGACGCACACCUCUUCUCUCUAGAAACUUUAGUGAGGGAAAGACUGCAGAAUGGGCACAAACACUCACACACUCAAACGGGUUGAUUAUAAUUCAGAUGACUUGAUCAAUGAUAUAUACCAGGAUGGAUUUGUGUAAUUAUCUCAGGGUUUAAGCUUCACUUGCGGCCAAUCAGAAUAAUUGUCUAGUGCAGAAGAAUACGUCGAUAUGGUCUGUUUUUAUCCGUUAGUGUCACAUGAUAAGAAACACAUUACACUGCGUAUUAUAUGUAUUUAAAGCUGCUUCAAAAUCUGAACAAAUGACAAAUACAUAAAGGAACUGUAACUGGAAUCUAACCUGAUUUAAUCUAAACUAAUAUUUUGAGAAGCUGCUUCUGGAUAAACUUGUAGAUUUACCGCCUGUUCAACAUUUAGCAGCACAAAAGAAGAAUGUCUUAAACAAAUAAACACUUUAUUCCGACUGAAUAUAUCUGCAUUCA